CUCCUCCUCCUCCUCCCCCCCGGCGCGCCUCCUCCUCCUCCUCCUCCUCCUCCUCCUCCUCCCCCGCCCGGUACCGCAUUGCCGUAGUGCGGGGGGGUCGCUGCAUUGCGCUGCCGCCGUCAAUAGGUGGGCCCCUCCCGGGGAGAUAAAGCCGCCGGAGCCCAAGCUGGCAGCCUCUGCCGCCCCGACCGCCGCUCCGCCUCCCCAAAAACGCAGCUGCGCCCCCACAGCCCCCCCCGCCGCCCGCCCGCCACGCGUAGCCCGCCAGCAUGGGGAAGGAGAAGACGCACAUCAACAUCGUCGUCAUUGGGCAUGUGGACUCUGGGAAAUCCACCACCACCGGGCACCUCAUCUACAAAUGCGGGGGCAUUGACAAAAGGACCAUUGAGAAAUUUGAGAAGGAGGCUGCCGAGAUGGGGAAGGGGUCCUUCAAAUACGCCUGGGUGCUGGACAAGCUGAAGGCCGAGCGUGAGCGUGGCAUCACCAUCGACAUCUCGCUGUGGAAGUUCGAGACCACCAAGUACUACAUCACCAUCAUCGACGCGCCCGGCCACAGGGACUUCAUCAAGAACAUGAUCACUGGGACCUCCCAGGCUGACUGCGCCGUGCUGAUCGUUGCUGCUGGCGUCGGCGAGUUUGAAGCCGGCAUCUCCAAGAACGGGCAGACCCGCGAGCACGCCCUGCUGGCUUACACCCUGGGGGUGAAGCAGCUCAUCGUUGGCAUCAACAAGAUGGAUUCCACGGAGCCCCCCUACAGCGAGAAGCGCUAUGACGAGAUCGUCAAGGAGGUCAGCGCCUACAUCAAGAAGAUCGGCUACAACCCAGCCACGGUUCCCUUCGUGCCCAUCUCGGGCUGGCACGGUGACAACAUGCUGGAGCCCUCCCCCAAUAUGCCUUGGUUCAAAGGCUGGAAGGUGGAGCGCAAAGAAGGCAACGCGAGUGGGGUGUCCCUCUUGGAGGCCCUGGACACCAUCCUGCCCCCGACCCGCCCCACAGACAAGCCCCUGCGCCUGCCCCUGCAGGACGUCUACAAGAUCGGAGGGAUCGGCACGGUCCCUGUGGGCCGAGUGGAGACCGGCAUCCUGCGGCCCGGCAUGGUGGUCACCUUCGCUCCCGUGAACAUCACCACCGAGGUGAAGUCGGUGGAGAUGCACCACGAGGCGCUGAGCGAGGCCCUGCCCGGGGACAACGUCGGCUUCAACGUGAAGAACGUCUCCGUCAAGGACAUCCGCCGCGGGAACGUCUGCGGGGACAGCAAGUCGGACCCGCCGCAGGAGGCGGCACAGUUCACGUCUCAGGUGAUCAUCCUGAACCACCCCGGGCAGAUCAGCGCUGGCUACUCGCCCGUCAUCGACUGCCACACCGCACACAUUGCCUGCAAGUUCGCCGAGCUGAAGGAGAAGAUCGACCGGCGCUCCGGCAAGAAGCUGGAGGACAACCCCAAGUCCCUGAAAUCGGGCGAUGCGGCCAUCGUGGAGAUGAUUCCUGGCAAGCCGAUGUGUGUGGAGAGCUUCUCCCAGUACCCACCCCUCGGCCGCUUCGCUGUCCGUGACAUGCGGCAGACCGUGGCCGUGGGCGUCAUCAAGAACGUGGAGAAGAAGAGCGGUGGGGCCGGCAAAGUCACCAAGUCCGCCCAGAAGGCCCAGAAGGCUGGCAAAUGAAUUGUGGGCUCCCAGUGCAUAGCGCAGAAACCAUCCCUGACACCAGGACGCUGUCACCGUCUCCCCCGGGCGCAUGUGUGCACAUCAGCUUGUAAGAGUUUAUAUGUCAACGACUGGAUGCUCACCAUUAAGGUCCAGUGGAAAUUCUUUAAAAGGAAAAGCAUGUUCCAGCGUUUGUGAGGCUUCAUGUUAAUUUUACCAAUAAAACUGGUACAACAUCCACAGUGGAAAACAAACAAGCAAACAAACAAAAAAACAACCAACCAAAAAAAAAAAACAAAAACCACCAAACAAA